AUGCGACUCUCAACGCUUCUUUGGCUUGGCCUGGCGGCGCUCCAUCAAUCUGUCAACGCGGAUCAAGUCGGGAACCCUGUUCGUCCAAGGCGUGAUGCCUCUGGCUGGCAAUUCAAAGGACCGUAUCAACCAGCUCAACAAUUGCCUCAAUUGAGAAGACCUCAACCCUAUCAACCGAUUAUCCAACAAGUGCCCAUCGUUCAGCCUUCGCCAUCGAUUCGUCAACGGCCGAUGCGGCCUGUUCGUCCGUUGUCUCGUCAAGCUUAUGUGCCAAGGAUGGUGAAUGAUGCUCGUGUGAUGGAACCCUACAAGCCAGUGAUGAUGGAUGGUGUCGUCAUUCAACCAUAUCGCCCACAAGUGACAAAUGAUAUGCUGGUCCAAUUGCUCCCUACACGCGGUAAUCGUUUUGUUGGAUUACAAGCCGGUCAGCAAGCUUAUGUCAAACCUUACGAGCAAGCGUACAACAAAAUAAGCGGCGAUUCGGUUGUGCCAACGGUGAAUCAGACGCAGAAUGUUAAGCCAACCUCCUACAUUGCGCCUCAAGCUGUUGUGCAGGAAAACGUGAUCGCUCCUUCAAUUCUACCAUCUACCACUGAGGCACUUGCAACUCAUUCAACUACUCCUCCUCCUCAAGUCGCAAAACAAACCGCUUCUCCAAGUAUCGCCGUCUCGGUUCCUGCAGCAUUGUCCGCUGCUACUCCAUCGUCCGAGACGAUUAAUAUGUAUGACGGUUUUCAAAUUGUCCAACAGCCAAUCAUCUUGGAUGCGACUCGUUUGGUCCAGCCAUAUCAGCCGACCAUGGAAGAUGAGCUCGCCCAGCCUGAUAUUUUGGUGCAGGAGGAUGUUAUGGUCCACGAAUAUCUGCCAACACUUGAGGAUGCUCAAACCGACCAAGCAUUCGCGCAGUCGGAUGGCGGAUUGUCGCAACAGUAUCGUCCCGAUUUUGAAGUCGAAGCUUUGAAACUCCGACCAUAUCGCCCAAAUCUAAACCAUGACAUUCCUUCAUCAUAUCGCACGGUUCUCGUUCGUGAUGGGUCCGCUGAUGUGUCAGCUAUUCGCGUUCUAUCACCAUAUCGCCCAACGCUUGAAGAGCCCGUUGAUGUUGAUGCGUCAGCCGCCAUGGUUCUACCACCGUAUCGCCCGAGGUUUGAAGAGCCCGUUGAUGUUGACGCGUCAGCCACCAUGGUUCCACCACCGUAUCGCCCAAGGUUUGAAGAGGUCAUUGAUGUUGAUGCCUCAGCCACCAUGGUUCCACCACCGUAUCGCCCAACGCUUGAGAAGCCCGUUGAUGUUGAUGCGUCAGCCACCAUGGUUCCACUAUCGCAUCGCCCAACGCUUCAAGAGGCCGUUGAUGUUGAUGCGUCAGCCACCAUGGUUCCGCCAUCGCAUCGCCCAACGCUUCAAGAGGCCGUUGAUGUUGGUGCGUCAGCCAUCAUGGUUCCACCACCGUAUCGCCCAACGCUUGUGAAGGCCGUUGAUGUUGAUGCGUCAGCCACCAUGGUUCCACUAUCGCAUCGCCCAACGCUUCAAGGGCCCGUUGAUGUUGAUGCCUCAGCCACGAUGGUUCCACCACCGUAUCGCCCAACGCUUCAAGAGGCCGUUGAUGUUGGUGCGUCAGCCACCAUGGUUCCUCCGCCGUAUCGCCGACCGCUGGAAGAAUCAAUUCGUCAACCAUACAUUCCAAGUAUUGAUGAAUCGACAAGUGAUGCUGGAAUACCAACAACAAUCGACUUUAUUCAUAAGACGGCUACUUCUGAUAAAUCGACGUUAAGCUCUGAAAGCAGCACAUACUCAUCUGAUGCCUCUCAGAAAGACUUCUUGCUUGAUGACUCAACGUCUUUGGAAAUUCAACAAACUACAACUGCUGACUCCUAUUCUAAGGACAUCGAGAGCAUGGCUGUUACCAAUGAUUCAUCAAAUGAUGUCAAUGUUUUGGAAAGUGAAGAUUUUGCUGCCUCCACAACAACGCAAGACCUUGUCUCCGCAGUAACAUCAGAGAUCGUUGCAACAACUACAACAGAAGCACUAGUUAAAGGAUUUUGUGCUGGCCUAGAAGUUGGAAUUCACCGUCACCCUGAGAAAUGUGAUGGCAUUAUUCGGUGUGAUGGUGUUCAUACGAUCCUAAUGCCUUCUUGCCCAUCAGGCCUUUUGUUCAACAACCUCACGAAAGCUUGUGAUUAUCCUACCUCCGUUCCUGAAUGUGGUUCAAGUCUUGCCAACGACAAUAGUGCCGCCACUAACUGUAAUGGACACGAGCAUGGCGCCCACGUCCAAGAUCCUGAGAACUGUGGUGUUUUUUGGCGUUGUGUAUGGGAUGAAUUGGUCAAAAUGGAAUGCCCUAAAGGAACUUUCUUUAACGAGAUGACAUCUGUUUGUGACUGGCCUCAAGCGGUUCCCACUUGCGAAGCGGAUGGUGCUCGGAAGGUGGCUGAGAGUGAAAAGGUGACCACGGAUGAGGAA